CCGCGGGGCCGCCGCUUUGCUUCUUGGGUUGGUGACGCCCGCCCGCGAUCGAUCCCGCCCUGCCGGAGGGGCGGCGGGAGGAGAGAGAGGGGUGAGAGUGGUUUUCCAGCCGUGCAGCCAAGCCACCGACCACAGGGAGAGCUCGACCCGGGGUGCUUUCCUGGCAGCCGUGGUGGAGGGAUGAGCGUGUCACCUGGAUGCUCAGGACACCAGUUGUGACUCUCCCGUGCCUGUAGCUGACAACAGCCAUGUCAGCCCAAGGGGAUAGAUGGGUUUCUUCCUUUGUUUUCCUGCUCUUCUGUGCUUCCUCCAUCCCAAGGCCGGGAAUCGCGGGGCUGCGGCAGGAGCCGAACCCCCAGCGCUACUUCAGUGGCUUGGAAGCCGGACGAGCAUCCCUGGCUUUUUUCACCCCUCAUGUCUCUCCUGGUUCCCAGCCCUUCCUGGAGCAGAUCGAGAGCUCGGCCGAGGCCCUCCAGGACUAUGGCAUUUCUGUGGUGAAGGUUAAUUGUCCCAAAGAGGAUGUCUCAAGAUACUGUGGAAAAGAAAAUGCCUUAAGGAAAGCCUACCUGUUCAGAGGAAACAUCCUGAUCCGAGAGUUCCCCACCGACGCCCUGUUUGAUGUGAACUCCAUCGUUGCCAACGUUCUGUUUGCCCUGCUCUUUAAUGAAGUCAAAUACGUUGAAACGCUGGCAGACCUUCAGAACAUUGAGAAUGCGUUGAAGGGGAAGUCAAACAUGGUCUUUGCCUACGUACCAGCUACUGGGACAGCAGAGCACAGAGCUGUGAUGGAGGCGGCUUUUGUCUACGGGUCCAUCCACCAGUUUGUUCUGACCACGGAGGCAGCGCUGCUGAAAGCCACUGGCAAUGAUGACCCCGACGUAUCCUCUGCCUGGCUGCUGUUCUGCCACUGCCAGAGGGCCACGGACCCGGCACAGCCCUGCAGGAGAACAGCCCUGGCACAGCCCCUGACCCUGCUCAACAUCCACAGGCACCUCAAGCUCAUGGGGGCUCCCUUGGUGACAGAGGUUGCUGAGGACCCAGAGAAGGUCUCCACUGUCCACUUACAGCUCGGGCUACCCCUGGUGUUCAUCCUGAGCCAGAGGGAGACCUACGAGGCCGACAGGAGGACAGCAGAGUUUGUGGCCUGGCAGCUCUUGGGCAAAGCAGGAGUUGCCCUUUUGUCCAGGGACCUCGUGGAUUUGAACGUUCUGCACCGGUCCAACGUCGCUCUGAAGACACCGGAUGAGGGAAUGCCAGUCCAAUACCUGGUCUUGGAAGACACUGAUGAAGUUAUAACCCUGGUGGAAGAUAAGAACAAGGUCAAACAAAUCCAGGAGGAUGAGGAGAAGGAGGAGGAGGAGGAGGAAGAGGAAGAUGAGGAUGAAAAAGAGAAUAACAAUCAAGACAUCCAGGAUGACCAGGUGUUGGAAGCAGUUUCCAGGGACAAGAAGCGAGAGCUGCCCCUGGAGCAGGUCCUUGUCCUGACGGAGGAGACCUUCCGCUCUUCCCUCUCGGAGGCUGCCCGGACAGUGGUGCUGUUUUAUGCCAGUUGGGAAGCUGUGUCCCUGGCAGUGCUGCGCUCUUACUCCGAGGUGGCCGAUCACCUGAAAGGAACUCCUGGGGUUUUGCUCUCCCGGGUGAACUGCUGGGACUGGCCUGGAAUUUGCACCCAGGAGAAUGUCACCCAGUUUCCCACCAUUAAGAUUUAUGGGAAGGGAGAGAAGUCAGUGACAUAUGAUGGCAUGUGGGGAACUGAAGAGCUCACCAGCUUCAUCAUCCUGAGCCGAGUUUCCUGCCCGCUGAAACUGGCCACGAUGGAUGAAGCAGAAGGUUAUUUAAGAGGAGAGUUUCCACCUGAGCUGUCAUCCCAUCGCCACACUUCCCUUCUGGGAGUGUUUAGCACAGCCACAAGUGAAGCCAGGGAAGCUUUUGAAGAGGCGGGAAACAUCCUAAGUGGCCACGUAAUGAUGGGGAUGUAUUUUGAAGAUGAUGGCUUGGCUUUAUCCCGUAAAUACUCCGUGUCCCCCCCAGCCCUCCUCCUUGCCCGGAGCGGAGGUCGGAGCGUGGAAGGCAUCUCUUUGUCCAAACAGAGCGUGCAGGACAUGGUGCAGAUGAUCAGAUAUGAACUGCUGGACAUUUUUCCCGAAAUCACCGUGCAAAAUCUGCCCCAGUACUUGCAGCUCACCAAGCCCUUCCUCAUCCUGUUCAGUGACGGUGACAUCAGUAAAAUGGAAAGCAAGGAAAUGCUGAAGCUGGCAAAAGGAAGACCCCAGCAGGCAUUUGUGGCUUGCUGGUUGAACCUGAAGAAGACUCCAGUGGGAUAUGGGAUCCUGAGGACGUACUUUGCCGCUGUGCCUUCGCUGCCCGUGCUCGUCUGGGUGAACCUCCACGCCGGGGGUCAGGUUUUCCAGUUCCCACCAGAACAGUCCAUCACUGAAGUGAACAUCUUGUCUUGGCUGGAGAAGGUCCAAGCGGGACUGGAGACUCCCAGCUGUACCUUGUCCGAGGAGGACUGGAAACCGCCGCUCCCUGCUUACGACUUCCUUCAGAUGAUGGAGGCGGCCAUGCCCGAGCUCCCCCUCCACACUUCCCACCACCCUGGGGACGUGCCAGCGCAGCAUCCACCCGAGAACCCAAGAGGGGACACUGCCACCCGGGAAGAGCCACCCCAGGAGAGCGCGGCAGGGAAAGCUGGAUCCCCCGGGAGGGACCUGCGGGGCACAGCCCCGAGACUGGCGGCCAGGGAGAAGCAGGGCAGGAGACACAGCGAGCUCUGAGGGCUGGGGCAGGGAAAUGUGGGGCUGCCCACGGGAACCUCGCGCUUUCCCAGCCCUCCCUGGGCCUCUGCACCAAGGAGACAAGUGGUUUGAGCUGUAAGUGAGUGGUGAAGGGGUAAACCAGCCCCCUGCUGCAGCGUGUUUCCAAUGCCAGAGACGUGUCUGUACAUCCCACAUGUUGCUCCCUGGCUGCUGUUGGGAGCUCCUCAUGCAACGAACUACACUGGGAAAGACAAAUCAGCACAGCCCUGCUCUGUAGUUUCCCUAAAUCUCACAGAGUCACUUUGGGAAGGGGUGAGUGAUUCCAAGAUAAAAAGCCGGUUUCCUCCCUGGUCUAAGUAGGAGCUCUACAGAUGGGCGUCAGCAAGUCCUGCAAUUCCAUCUGCACCAUCUGAACCAUGUGGAGCCAGGAUGGCCAGUGUUCCACCCACUCCUGGGCUGCUCCAACCAGCACCUGCUUGUGCUUACACCUGACUUGUGACCCAAACUCGUGAGUGUGUUCAUCCUUGGGGGUAAGAGAAGGAUCUGGUUAAAGCAGAUUUGUUACUGAGGCCAGAGCUCAGCUCACACAACAGCCCUGAAUAGCUGGGACAAAACUCUGCCAGCAAAUCCCGAGGGUGGGCAGCUUGGGAGAUGGCUUUCCUCACUGCUGGCAUUUUCUUGGGCACAAGCCCAGGAGGUUAUUUGCAGCCUCGGUUUUUCUUUGCUCUUGGUGAGAGCGGCGAGGUUGGUGCUUCCUGAGCUGGGAAUGGUGCUGGGAGUGAGGUCUGUGGAAAGCCCAGGACUGUGGAAAUGAGGGGAGGGAGAUGAAGGGCAUCUGGACCCUCCCAGGAUGGGAUGGAGCUGCUUCACAUCCAUGAUUAGAUGAGGAGAUGCAGAACCUGGGGAAGUGGCUUUCCAGCCUUUGCCCAUCUCCUGGGGACAACAAAUGCCAGAGGGUUGGAACUAGAUGGUCUUUAAGGUACCUUCCAACCCAAACCAUUCUGGGAUUCUGUGAUCAUCCCACCCCCUUCAAUAACAAUCUCCCUUCCACAGCACCCCUGAGAUGUACUGGGAGGGUCAGACCCUCCUCCUUCUCCUUAGAGCUCUGAAAUUCCCGGGAAGGGGAAAAUUGAUGGUAAUGCUGAGAGUGUUGUAAACUGUGUUUCUCAUCCUGCAAACAGCCCACAUGGUUGGGAGUAUUUUGAAAUGCCCAGAAAUAGAUCAUUAGUUCUGGGCUCUCCUGGAAGCCCUUAAUUGAAUCAGACCAGUUUUGGACUGAAUGACAGGCUUUGAGUCAAAAUGUAUAUACUUAAAGGAAUAAACUGCGGCAUGCUGAUCAGAGGCAGUAUUCCCAAGGGAAUGGGAAGGUCAGGGUGUGAACAGAACCUCUGUGAGUUCCCGUCAUUUCUCUGCUCUAUAAGGUCCUCGCGCUGCUGGACCCCAUGAACUGUACAUUGGUCAUUUCCCGUCCUGUUCCUAAUCACAGAAUCCCAGAAUGGUUUGGGUUGGAAGGGACCUUAAAGCCCAUUUUGUUCUACACCCUGCCAUGGGCAGGGACACCUUCCACUGUCC